AUUAGGUGUAUUUAAUAACUCCAUCUUUAUGCUUCCUUCAUAUUUUCCUUUGCUACAGCAGUAACAGAACAUUCACCGGGUAACACAGACAAAAACCUGUGCAUUAAACAUGUACCAGAAGACUACUGCUGUUUUGUUCAUAAUUUUGAUCAUCACUUUCCAAGGAGAAGGAAAAAGCAGUUCUGAGGAUGAAGGUGGAAGCCUUUUUAAUUAUGCUCUACUGAUUGGAGGAGCAGUGGCAGGUGUGGUAGCUGCUCCUGUAGUUUUGGGUUUAGCUGGUUUCACAUCAGCAGGUAUUGCAGCGGGAUCUGCUGGAGCCAGCUUAAUGUCUACAAGUGCUAUAGUCAACGGAGGAGGAGUUGCAGCAGGAGGUUUGGUUGCAACUCUACAGUCUGCUGGCACUGGACUGGGUUUGGCAGGAAAAGCUGUGGCUGCUGCCAUUGGAAGUGCAACAACUUAUGCAGUGGGCAAAAAGAAUAGCAAGGAUGAGCACUAAAUAAGACACAUUUAUUGCAGAAUGUCCAUUCAGCCACAGACACCUUCUAAAUUGUACUCUGCAUGCCUAACUUUUUAAUCUGCCUCUACACCUCUAUAUAUAAAUAUAUAAAUGAUUGUACCACUAAACAAACAUGGUAACAAAUACCAAUUAGUCUUACCAAAAGCAAUUGCAAGUAGACAAGCUUGAUAAAACUCUCUGUGUGAUUAGCAUUAUUUCUUUCAGUGUUGUAUAUUUUUUCCAUAGAAUUUCAUUACAACAAUUUAUUACUGGCUGAUAGUACAAGAAAUAAACAUACCUGAAAUGAA